CACAGUUUCGCUCUCUCUGAAAUCUUUAAUCUUCCAAAAAAUAUACAACUGCAAACACAAAAACUUUUCAUCUCCAGCGAUUCGAAAUGCUGUCUUUAUCGGUUGCUAAUCAACAAGUGCGUUUUCGAACGCGUAAAAAUGAAACGGUCACUGUUUUGCCAGUGACUGUUGAAUUCGAAAAGUUAAGUCGUGCUGAAAAAAAAUCAACAAUGGUCAACCACGUUGAGUGGCGGAAGGUCACAUCCUCUGAUUUUGGAAGUAAAGGGGUUGCUUCUCCAACAGAUUUGUUGCAUGCUGUCAUAGCUCUUUACAAUACCUGUCUCCCCGAUGUUACAGUACAGUCUUUGUAUCGCACUGUUUGCGCUGAGGGCACGAAAACUCUUCUACUGCUUCGAGACACAUCGGAGAUCUUGCAAGAGUGGGAGAGCCACCAUUUACCUAGUUCAGCCAGCCAAUCGAGAGAGGACUCACUCGGAGAAAUAAACAACAACCCUGCACUGAAUGGAGAAGGCCAAAAGGAAAAGACCACCACGAGUAAUGAAGGUUCAGCGGAUGAAAAUGUGGAAAAAACCGAAGAUGAGAAGCACAGGGAUGUCAUAUUAUCGUCUGGCACAUCUCCGAGAUCAACACCAGAUCUGGAGAUGAGCAACCAGCACCAUCUGUCUCAAAAGAAUGACAGCAGCCGAAAUACUCCAACCAUAACUACAUCCAAUAUUAGCAAUCUUACAGAAGGCCACCUCGAUGAAGAAUGGAGGCCUUGGACGCCGAAAAGCAAUAAUAACUACUUAGAGAGAUUUCGCCCCGUGGACAACGGGCCGGAGAAAGUGAUGACCCCUCUCAUUCAGACUUCCAAGAAUAGGAACCUUCCACUUCCAUCCCACAGUGACAGUAGCAGGGGAGAUCCUGGCGACGUGCCCAUGGAGUCGCCCUUCUCGGAUGUCUUCAGUGAUUCAGGAGAUGAAUCCGAAACAGGAAGCGACAUGGAAGAGGAAGACGACCACGAGGAUUUCUCCAGAGGCCUGGAUGCCUUCCUCAAAGCUGUAGUUGCCAGGAAGAAAGAUCGUCGAGUUGCUCUGGAGAGAUAUUCACUGCAAUCCACUCACGUUGGAAUAGAGCAUCGCCUUAUCGCUGCUGCCACUUUCAACAAGAACUACAGGAUUCCAGGAACCCGAGUGGUGUAUUUGUCGCUUCUAACAGUGAGAAAAAGAUUUCGAAGAUGUGGAAUCGGGAAAUACAUUCUCAAAAAGCUGAAAAGCCCAUCUCAAGUCGGACCCUAUGAUGCACUGGUCGUAAGAGCCGAUCCCACAGCUCUCAACUUCUUCCUGAAGAACAGUUUCACGGACGAUCUCAUUCUUAACAGUCGUUUCAGGGAACUUGAAGUAGAUGGUUGUCCAAAAGGCACAUUACUUUGCUACUUACCACCAUUUGAUGGUCAUUAUCCCCCUCUUCCAGGAGCUCAAGAUUGGAACAGUGUAGAUGCAGUAGUAGCCAUGGAUGAAGAAGUGGAGAAAUGGAGACAGAAAAGUUUGGAAGCUUAUCAAACUCAAGUUACAUGUCUGACAAGACUGCAACAAGAAGUUCUACGACUUCAUAACUUGCUGAGAAGACAAGAAACAACAAUACAAUUUCUGAAAAAGGAAAAUCAAAGACUUCAAGGGAGACUAACCAAAGUUGAGAGAAAAUCAGCACAAGCUUUAAUUGAUGUACUAGAGAAGGAAGCUGCAGAUUUUGAGCGUUUCUGCAACAUUCAAUACCAGAACAAUGAUGACAGAUGAUUUUCAACUAAUGGACAGGUAUUACCUAUGAUGCAAUGACUGUCUGAACAUCUUAUUUUCAUAAUGUCUAAGAAUCUGGUAUUAUCUGUAUGUGCUUUGAAAUUGAGAUAGUUAAAACCAUAACAGAACAAUGUGAAGACAAAAUUAUAAUUUGCACUUAUUUGAUUUUAAUAAAUGUGGCAAAGAAAAUUAAUUUAAUAUUUUCUUAUAACAAGAUGCAAAGGUACUCUACCUUUCAUUUAUAAUACUUCUAUAGAUGUUAAAGAAGACAAAACUUUACCUUUCAGAACUAUUAUGAGGAUUCUCAAACAGAAAUGUCAAUAUAAAUAACACAAUUAAAUAAGAUUGUGUUUUUCAUUUUCAUGAUUAAGCAAAAAAAAGUUAUUUUUUAAAUGCCCAAUGAUGUAACAAAAUGAAGCAGUAUAAAGUACAUGUAUCUGUGGUAUUAAAUUAUGAAAUUUGAGUUUUCCAUUGUAAAUAUAAAAGUCAUUUUUAAAUGCAAUUCUAUAAUUCACAAAAUUACUGUUAUGGUUUUAUACUCUCAUUCAAAGAAUAAAAUGUAUUUCUGUGUAUUAUAUGUAUAUGUAAAAAAAAAAAAAAAUCAGAAACAUUAAAUUAUUAAAUGUUUUAUGAGAAUGUAUAUGUAAAAGAAAGUUCAUUUAAUCUCUAGAAUUGUAUAGUGUAUGUUUUCUGCUCAGUAAAACAGUUUAGAAUGUGAAAAUAAUUUAAAACUUUUCUGAAUAGUAGAUGAUUCAAUCAUCAGUGUGCAAAUGAAUGAAAACAAUUUAUAGUUCUGCUGAAAAAAUUAAGAAAACUUUGAAAAAUAUAUUCAGGAUAUUUGCAUUGUAUUAUUUAUCAAAGGAAUAACAUAACAGUAAAAAUUAAGAAUUAUUCAUUGUCUCAUUAUAAAUAAUAAUUAUCAUAAAAUCUUAGAAAUUUAAAAUACAAAAGAAUCUAAAAUUCUUAGAUCUCUUC